CAGUCCAGGGGGUCACAAAGAGUUGGACAGGACUGAGCGUCUGAACUGAACUGAGCUGUGGGCUCCCUCUUGUGAAUUCUUUUGGGAAGGCUCAGGGAUCACCUUCCGCCUCUGUAGGUACAGAAACCAUUCACAGGCCCUGAGAAGUCAGAACCAUUUUCUUAACAUUCUGUCUCUGGAGCAAGUCCUUUUCCUUAGGGGGAGGGAUUAUGCACAUGAGAGCCUGAUCCUUAGGUUCCUCAGGAAUCCAUAUGGAACACACAGACCAUCCAACUUUUGCGUCUGCUCUUCAGGGGACUUUAGAAGGCAAAGGGAAGGCCUGAUCAAGGACACUGAAGGCCCUGCCCCAGGCACCAUCAUCCCCCACCCUGCAACGAGCCAGGCCUCAGGGGCACAGCUGGGAACCAGGGGGCUUCCUGAGUAAGGAUCUCCCCAGGAUUGUGAGACUCGGGCACAAGCAGGAGAGUGUGUGGCACUGUGUCCUGCUGCCCCCCGACCUUUCAUUGCGUGCACCAACCUGGUCUCCUUCCCUCCUUGGGCCCCUCUGUCCCUUUCAUGAGUGUCUCCCAAUCCAGCCAACUCUCCGCGAUUCUCUGGGGCUGUGGAACAACGCUCUGCUGGCCACUUGGUUUCCUCUACAUCCAUGGUGUGGCUUGCAUCCUUGUGGGACUCUGAUUAGUUCACUGUUCCCUUCCCUGGUUCGUGUUUAUCCGAGAAACUUAUCCUCAGCCUACUCUUAUGCACUUCUUGGGCGCAGGCUCUUUCUCCUCCUCCCUGUUGGUCUUUGGCCCAACUGGGAUCUCAUGUAGAAUCUUUGUUUGUCCCAUGGAUAUCUGUAGAGCUGUGGGCAGACAGAGCCGUGGCAGAGGGCACAGCCUCAGGACAGUACUGCUGGGUUGCCGAGACAAGGCUCUUUUAUGGAAGCAGACAUAGCUGGUGGCCAGUGGCCCUGCAGGGGUCACCUGCCAUAGUUGGAUUCCUGAAGGCCCCGCCUCUCUGAAUGUCCCUGCAGACCUUGCUCCUGGCCUUGGGCAGUGUGGGGGCCACGGCCAGUGUGUGCCCUCUGGUCUUGAGUUGGGGCUUAGGCAUGUAGCUAUCCACUCUACCCAUUCCAGUAUUCUCGCCUGGAGAUUCCCAUGGACAGAGGAGCCAGAUGGGCUACAGUCCAUGGGGUCGCAAAAGAGUCCGACACAACUAAGCAACUAAUAGAAAUGCUUUCACUUCCAUGUAGCUUAGGGGAGUCCCAGCUCUGGCAGAGGAUGGGGCUGUGCUCAAUUGGCAGCAGGCUGAGUUCCCCUGGCUCAGGUCAUAUAUGAAGCACAAAUUCAGUUUUUUACAUUUAUGCUUGUAGUCAUAAUUUUCAUAUUAACACCAUCUCCCGGUAAACCAAAAUGUGUUUGGUUGAAGCUGUUUCAGAGACAUAUUAAUUGGAAUCUGGAGUCUUUACUUGUUCCUAGUCAGUUUCUCCUGGGGCAGUGAAUCCAACGGUACAUGGGAUGGAGGGAUUGGAGGCAGCAGCAACAUAGCAGAGAGGUAUCAGAAGACUGUGGAGUUAGGAGUGAUGUAGACGCCAGGGAAGCCUUGCUUGCCCCUCAGAGGGCGGACACUGGGCUAGUGUGUGAGGGGCUGACCCUGCUCCCUACAGACGUGGGACACUCCAUCGAGGACCAGAUUUUCCCCGCAUCCGUUCCCCUGCCAGGACCACUACCUGAACUCUUGUCUCAUCAUCUCUUCAGCUCAGUGAGGUGGGGUAGCCUGCGGUCUGAUUGCCUGCCAGGGUGCUGUGAGAGAACAGAGUAGGAGGGGCUGAGACCUCCUCAGCCCCAUUUUUGAGCUGCUCUAAGUUGAAAGCUCUCCAGAGAACAUCCCCUCUUGAACAUUCAGGUCUUUUAGAAAAUGAAACCCAGACCAUAGCCGAUCUUAGGCCCACCUCUUGGCCUGAGGAGACAUUGUCCCAACAUCCCGGGUCACUGGGACAAGCACUGCAGGGCGUUCAUGCCCAGAGGCUUUGGGCUCUUCUGAAAUGUUUUCUAAAGUCUAGGAUGAAGGUACUGAGAUAUUCUUGCUGUAAUCAGAGGUUGAUAGAAUACAGGAGGGCUCGCCGAAGGGCACUGCACACGGGAGAGUGGACCAUGUGGAAGGACCCAAAAGAACAAGCCUCUUUAGAGAGCUCUGUGCAGACUCACACUGUUAACUCCAGGCUGUUCUGGGGCCAGGCUCCCAGGUGGAGGCCAAGGCUGACACAGGGUCACUUGUGUAUCAGGAUGGGGCACCGAAGUUCUCUGAGGGACAGUGGAGGGCCUGGGUGAAUGUAAUAAAUGAAUAUAAUAAAUGUGGGGGAGGCAUGGGGAGAUACAUGAUGGGAAAAGCCCCUUCGACUCCAAUACAGACAUGAGGCUGGAAUCAGUCAGAUCAGAAGCUGGUGGUUCUGCAAAUCAGGAGGGGAAAGAGAGUUCCAUGUUGUCCUGAGUGUGGGAUUCCUCCCGGAACCCUGUAACUGUUCAGCGCACAGGCUAAUGUGCGUGUUUGAUUCUGAUGACCAGGGCCUCCUCGAUCCUGGGACAAACUAAAGCGUUGUUUGUGAAGAAGCUUGCAGGCUCUUGAAAGUCUUCUGCCUGUCACAGUGUAGGUGGCAGACAGUCUCUCUAACUCCCUGAGGCUGGGAUCCAGGGGCAGCCCAUCCUGCGUCCUUCUCGGGGAGGUGAACCCCAACCUGCUUGGGGCUAGUCCCUCUGUCCACCUGCCCUACCCCGCAGGCUACGUUCAGCUUUGCUUCCAGCAGGCAGUCACGUGUAAAUAAGCUCCAGAGCCUGAGCCCUGGCUGAUGCCUCCUCUCUGGGCUGAGCAUGUGUGCUUUGCAAGGUGUCUGAAGCCCACUGCCCCAGAGAAAGGGACUCUUCGACUCUGUGAGAAACCUCUGCACAUGGUCAACAUCUCUGCUUUGGUGGACACUCGUCCCCUGGAAGGCUGGUCAGGCACUCUGGCCACACGGUCCUUUCCUUUUCUCUCUCCUACCGUAUCUCACUUCCCUGCCUGCCCUCCCGAUGUAGCCACGGGAACUCCCUUGGGAGAGUCGCUCUUGUCCAGGUGGAGGCAGGGCAUGAAGCAAGCCCUGAGCAUUCUCACCCCUGGCUCCUGCGUAUCCCCUGCCAUUUCAGGAGAGCUGGGGCUUGUUUUAUUUUUUAUUUUUUGGCCACACUCCACAGCAUGUGGGAUCUCAGUUCCCUGACCAGGGAUCAAACCCACGAUCCCUGCAUUGGAAGCAUGAGGUCUUAACGACUGGUCCAGCGGGCAAGUCCUGGAGUUUGUUUUCAAUAGCAGCCUCAUUUGAACCCACACACUCUCCUGCUUACCAACCACAUAGAGGUCAGAGCCAAAGAUGAUUCACUUUGACCACGCGCUCCCAAAUUAGACCCGUGAAGUGACAUCAAAGCCAAAGGAGAUCUCUGUUCAACCUCUGCAGGACAAGGUCCCUGCAGGGAGGGUUGCCAGAUAAAAUAUAAGACGCUCAACUGCAUCUGAACCUCAGAUAACCAAUGAGUAAUAAUAUUGCAUACUUACAGUAAAAAGAUUAUUUGUUCCUUUGUGCACUGUUGGUGGGAUUGUAAACUGGUAAACAGGUCUGGUCACUAUGGGAACCAGUAUGGUGGCUCCUCAAAAAUUGUAAAAUAGAACUACCAGAUCAUCCAGCCAUCUCAGUAUAUAUUCAAAGUAUAUAUCUGAGUAUAUAUUCAAAGGAAACGAAAACAGGUUAUCAAGAGAUAUCGGUAUUCCCGUGUUCAUUGCAGCAUUACUCACAAUAGCCAAGUAUGGAAAUAACCUAAAUGUCCAUUGAUAAUAAGAUGUGGUGUAUACUACCAUGAAAUAUUAUUCCGCCAUGAGAAAAAGGACAUCCUGCCAUUUGCAACAAUAUGGAUACACCUUGAGGACAUUAUGCUAAGUGAGAAAAUACAAUCAGAACACUCCAGACAAGAGAAGAAUCAUGAUCAAAGACACGGAAAGCAGCACUCAGUUCUGUGAACUUGGAGCAUCAUCCUCUGAGAAGCUGCAGAAGGGAGAAUUGAUGGAACAAGAGAUAAAGAAAGAGCAGGUUUUCUAAGUGCCUCUCCAGCCUGAGUGCCUGUGAGGAAAUGUUGCUGAGUAAACAAGAUGGCGGCUUCCUGCCCAGCCCUUCUGGUGUAGAGGCCCUUGUGACAGGAACCUCUACAGGUUGGAGAGGAUGCCUGGGGGCCUACAUCAGUAUAAAUGGCACCAUCCACCUGGCCACACUGCUCUGGAGGCAGGGAGCAUGGGCUGUGUUCGUGCAGGAGGAGCCGCUGGAACAGGCGCCAUGCUGCUGUGCUCUUUGACCCUUACGCUCCUCUGGAUGGUGGCUUCUGGCCUCGAGUGCGACACGAAGGAAGUUUGUCUUGGAAGCCCUGGCAUUCCUGGCACUCCUGGAUCCCAUGGCCUGCCAGGAAGAGAUGGGAGAGAUGGUAUCAAAGGAGACCCUGGGCCUCCAGGCCCCAUGGGCCCCCCUGGAGGAAUGCCAGGCCUCCCUGGGCGUGAUGGGAUGACUGGAGCCCCUGGCCUCACUGGAGAACGUGGAGAAAAGGGAGAGCCUGGCGAGAGAGGUCCUCCAGGGUUUCCAGCGUAUCUAGAUGAAGAGCUCCAGGGCACACUCCAUGAGAUCAGACAUCAAGUCCUGCAGUCACAGGGCGUCCUCAUUUUGCAGGGGUCCAUGCUGGCAGUAGGAGAGAAGGUCUUCUCUACCAAUGGGCAGUCACUCAAUUUUGAUGCCAUUAAAGAGUUAUGUGCCAGAGCAGGUGGACACAUUGCUGCCCCAAGGAGUCCAGAGGAGAAUGAGGCCAUUACCAGCAUCGUGAAGAAGCACAAUACUUAUGCUUACCUGGGGCUGGCUGAAGGCCCCACCGCUGGAGACUUCUAUUACCUGGAUGGAGCCCCUGUGAAUUAUACCAACUGGUACCCAGGGGAGCCCAGGGGCCGGGGUAAAGAGAAGUGUGUAGAGAUAUACACAGAUGGUCAGUGGAAUGACAAGAACUGCCUGCAGUACCGACUGGCCAUCUGUGAGUUCUGAGCAGGCACCAAAGCCACAGGAUGGACAGAGUCCUAUCUUUCCUUUCAGCCUCCAUCCUGGGAAUCUACCUGGUCUAUGGAUCAGGUGCUAUAAUUCCUUUGUGGCUAUCAGAAUUGAAGGCACUCUUGAUCACUCCACUCCUGGGUGGAUCCUAACUCCUCCCCAAUGAUCACUAAUCAGUCUGACUCCCCCAGAACCCCUUCUCAGCAUUGCACUCUUGGCAGCCACUCUAACUUUGCCCUUCUGCAAGAGACAGAGGUUUCUUUCCUCCUCUUCUUGUCCAGUUCCUUUAUUUAUAGAUGGCAACAGUAAGGUCCUGAGAUGAAGGUUCCCUCCAAAGCACCACACUGGGUGCCUGCUUCCUGGCCCCCUCUACUCUGUCUUUGCAGCUCACUGCUUGCCCAGCCUCAUCAAGAUUUAGCCGUUCUGCUCAAGCACAAUGAUAGGUGGACUUCUGGGAAAUUUCACACAUGUGGAGCUAAGGAUACAUUUGGGUUUAUCUAUCAACCUGAGAUCUGUGGGGAGGCAUCUUGUUAGGCUCUCCAUGAAGUCAGAGGGUCAGGUGGUGCUCCAGCAUGAUGGAGGCCAAUUUAUUCCUAGUGAUUGGCAGGUAUUAUUCACUUCCUUGAGUCUUGGGGUGUCAGCCAGUGCCUCUAAGGAAGAUCUCACCCUCACCAUAGACAUUACCCAAGUAACUGCCUGCUGAUGAACACAUUCCCCACCUCUUCAGAACUCAGUGAGGAGUUCACACCACUUGUCACACCACCAUUUAUUGAGCACAUACUAUAUACCAAGCACCUUGACACGCACUUCUAAAACAUCUUAUAUGACUUAAUCUUUGCACAGUGUCAUGGGAUGAGCGUUAUUUUCCCCAAUCUUUUAUAUAACAACACUGAAAUUUAGAGAAGUUUAAUGUUUUGAGUUUCUUUUUUUAAACAUGAAGCAAUUGGCAGAGGCUGGUUUCAAACUCAUCUACCUGGACCCGAAGCUUGUGCUCAUAACCACCCCACCUUCUCAUUGAACAGAGAUGAUUCAAGUGUAAUAAAUCAUGACUGUGUUAACAUGA